AUGGGCAACGGUUGUAAAGAAGGCGGACUGCGCAAUGGCGAUCUCAUCAUUGCUGCAGCCAGUCCUGUUGGUGACGUUGGCGCCGUUGGGUAUACAGCUCUUGUAGUAGUAGGGCGACGAGUGGUCGUCCUUCGGGUUGUGGUUCUUGUAGUAGUAGGGCGACGAGUGGUGGUCGUCCUUCGGGUUGUGGUUCUUGUAGUAGUCGUUGGCCUUCGGGUUGUGGUUCUAGUAGUAGUUGUUGUUCUACGAGUUGUGGUGGUCGUUGUUCCCCGAGUUGUAGUAGUGGGUGUUGUUCUCGUAGUUGUGGUUGUUGAUCUAGUCGUAGUAGUCGGAGUUGUUCUUGUUGUUGUUGUUGUAGGUGUCGUAGUUGUUGUGACGGGUUGA